AUGCCAGGGUUCGCCCAACAGGUAGUAUGCGGAGGCGUCCCAGACGACAGGGCGUUCCCCCCACCCCACCCCGCCCUCUGGGCGCUCCACGCCGGCGUCCACCUGACCCCGCGCCUGGGGGAUUGCGCGGGCUCCAGCAAGAGUGCCAAGGCUCUGCACGGCCGCGGGGAGGAGGAAACUGGAGUUUUGAAUAUUGUCUUAAAGAAAUGGCUAAUCAAUGAGAUCAAUGCUUUCUCCGCAGCACCUUCCAAACCUUUUCUUCUGAGCGCGCCGCCAUUCUACUCGGCGUGCUGUGGUGGGUCCUGUCGGCGCACUGCAUCCUCCGCUGCUUUUCCAAGAGAAGAGAGCAUGCUGCCUCUCCUGACACAGGACUCUAAUUCCAAGGCUCGGAGGGGCAUUUUAAGAAGAGCUGUCUUUUCUGAGGACCAGAGAAAGGCUCUGGAGAAAAUGUUUCAGAAACAGAAAUAUAUCAGCAAAACAGACCGAAAGAAACUUGCCAUCAACUUGGGACUAAAGGAAUCACAGGUGAAAAUUUGGUUUCAGAACAGAAGGAUGAAAUGGCGGAAUUCCAAAGAAAAGGAAGUGCUUUCCAACAGGUGUAUCCAAGAAGUAGGUCUUCAAGAGGAUCCCCUCUCACGGUCUGCUCUGGGUUUCCCUUCUCCAUGUCCUUCAAUAUGGGAUGUCCCCCAACAGCACUCAAGUCCAAGAUGGAGGAAGAAUUCUCCAGAACCUUCAGAAAGACUAAUCCAGGAGAGUUCAGGGGCACCACCCCCAGAAGCAAAUUCACUGCAAGGUGCCUUGUAUUUAUGUUCUGAAGAAGAAGCUGGAAGCAAGGGUGUACUUACUGGGGCCGUCUGAAUGGAAGCAUUCUUCCACGUCAAUUUAAAAGAACGCUUAGUAGUAACAUUUGGGCUCUAAUGCCAGCUCGCCUGUACCUCAUCAGUGCUUACAGCCUAACAACUUUGGAGCGAUAUAUGAACUAAUGCUUUAGGAAACUCACUCCAGUGUUCUCUUGUUUGGCCCUAGACUCAGGCUUAAUUUGUAAGUGGAGUAGAAUCUCCCAAGAAGUAUGAUGGAACUGAAAAGAAUGACAGCAACAGCUGGCUCGGUCCCUGCUCUUAGUAUGUGUAUAUGUGUGUGUGUCUCUAUGUGUGUAGAUACAUAAAUAUCCAUUAAAAUGUGUUAGUAGAAA